AUGCACAUCAAGGCCCCCAAGAUCUCCAUGCCCGAUGUCGACUUCAACCUCAAAGGCCCCAAAUUGAAGGGGGACAUCGAUGUUUCUGCUCCAAAGCUGGAGGGUGACCUGAAGGGUCCUGAACUGGACAUCAAAGGCCCCAAAGUGGACAUUGAUGUACCAGACGUUGAUAUCCACGGCCCUGAGGGAAAAUUCAAGAUGCCCAAGUUCAAGAUGCCCAAAUUUGGGAUGCCCGGGGUCAAGGCAGAAGGUCCUGAGGUGGACGUGAACCUCCCAAAAGGAGACCUGGAUGUGUCCGGCCCCAAGGUGGACGUUGAGAUGCCGAGUGUGGACAUUGAGGGUCCCGAGGGGAAGAUCAAAGGCCCCAAGUUCAAGAUGCCCGAGAUGCAUUUUAAGACCCCCAAGAUCUCCAUGCCCGACAUCGACCUGAACCUGAAGGGCCCCAAGGUCAAGGGGGACAUCGAUGUCUCUGUCCCCAAGCUGGAAGGCGACCUGAAGGGUCCUGAACUGGACAUCAAAGGCCCCAAAGUGGACAUUGAAGCACCCGACGUCGACAUCCACGGCCCUGAGGGAAAAUUCAAGAUGCCCAAGUUCAAGAUGCCCAAAUUUGGGAUGUCCGGCAUCAAGGCUGAAGGUCCCGAGGUGGACGUGAACCUCCCAAAAGGAGACCUGGAUGUGUCCGGCCCCAAGGUGGACAUUGAAGGUCCAGAGCUGGACAUUGAAGGUCCAGAGGGGAAGAUCAAAGGCCCCAAGUUCAAGAUGCCUGAGAUGCACAUCAAGGCUCCCAAGAUCUCCAUGCCUGACGUCGAUUUGAAUCUAAAGGGCCCCAAAGUGAAAGGAGAUGUUGAUGUCUCUGUCCCCAAGCUGGAAGGUGACCUGAAAGGUCCCAAAAUUGACCUCAAGGGCCCCAAAGUGGACAUUGAGGCACCCGAUGUCGACAUCCACGGUCCUGAGGGAAAAUUCAAGAUGCCCAAGUUCAAGAUGCCCAAAUUUGGGAUGCCGGGGUUCAAGGCAGAAGGUCCCGAGGUGGACGUGAACCUCCCGACAGGAAACCUGGAUGUGUCCGGCCCCAAGGUGGACAUUGAAGGUCCAGAGGUGGACGUGGAGCUGCCAGAGGGGAAAGUGAAAGGCCCCAAGUUCAAGAUGCCCGAGAUGCACAUCAAGGCCCCCAAGAUCUCCAUGCCCGAUGUCGACUUCAACCUCAAAGGCCCCAAGGUCAAGGGGGACAUCGAUGUUUCUGUCCCAAAGCUGGAGGGUGACCUGAAGGGUCCUGAACUGGACAUCAAAGGCCCCAAAGUGGACAUUGAAGCACCCGAUGUCGACAUCCACGGCCCUGAGGGAAAAUUCAAGAUGCCCAAGUUCAAGAUGCCCAAAUUUGGGCUGAAGGGAGAAGGUCCCGAGGUGGACGUGAACCUCCCAACAGGAAACCUGGAUGUGUCCGGCCCCAAGGUGGACAUUGAAGGUCCAGAGCUGGACAUUGAAGGUCCAGAGGGGAAGAUCAAAGGCCCCAAGUUCAAGAUGCCUGAGAUGAACAUCAAGGCUCCCAAGAUCUCCAUGCCCGACAUCGACCUGAACCUGAAGGGCCCCAAGGUCAAGGGGGGUGUGGACGUCUCCGUCCCCAAAUUGGAGGGCGACCAGAAAUGUCCAGAUGUGAACAUUAAAGGUCCGAAGGUGGAUGUGGACGUUCCUGACGUGGACGUUGAAGGUCCUGAGGGAAAGUGGAAGGGACCCAAGAUCAAGAUGCCAGAGAUGAACAUCAAGGCGCCGAAAUUUUCUCUGCCUGAUGUCGACCUGAACCUGAAAGGUCCCAAGCUGAAGGGAGAAGUGGCUGUGUCUGCCCCAAAAGUAGAAGGUGACGUGAAAGUGCCGGAUCUGGAGGUGAAAGGACCCAAAGUGGACGUGGACGUCCCCGACAUCGAACUGGAAGGUCCCGAGGGGAAGAUCAAAGGCCCCAAGUUCAAGAUGCCCGAGAUGCACAUCAAGGCCCCCAAGAUCUCCAUGCCCGACUUUGAUCUGAACCUGAAAGGCCCCAAAGUGAAAGGAGACGUGGACGUGGCCGUCCCAAAAAUCGAGGGAGAUUUUAAAGCCCCAGACGUCGAUAUCAAAGGCCCCAAAGUCAACGUGGACCUCCCCGACGUUGACCUGGAGUGCCCCGAAGCGAAGCUGAAGGGCCCCAAGUUCAAGAUGCCCGAGAUGCACUUCAAAACCCCCAAGAUCUCCAUGCCCGACAUCGACCUGAACCUCAGAGGCCCAAAACUGAAGGGGGAUGUGGACAUUUCCACCCCCAAGCUGGAAGGUGACCUGACGGGCCCAGACGUGGACAUCAAAGGUCCCAAACUGGACAUCAAAGCACCUGACGUGGACAUUGACCUCCCGGAGGGGAAGAUCAAAGGCCCCAAGUUCAAGAUGCCCGAGAUGAACAUCAAGGCCCCCAAGAUCUCCAUGCCCGACUUUGAUCUGAACCUGAAAGGCCCCAAAGUGAAGGGAGACGUCGAUGUGUCCCUGCCCAAGCUCGAAGGGGACCUGAAAGGGCCGGAGGUGUCACUGAAAGGACCAAAAUUGGACGUAGAAGUUCCUGACGUGGAGCUGGAAUGUCCCGAGGGGAAGAUCAAAGGCCCCAAGUUCAAGAUGCCCGAGAUGCACAUCAAGGCCCCCAAGAUCUCCAUGCCCGACAUCGACCUGAACCUGAAAGGUCCCAAAUUGAAGGGGGACAUCGAUGUCUCUGCUCCAAAGCUGGAGGGCGACCUCAAAGCCCCAGACAUCGACAUCAAAGGCCCCAAAGUCAAUGUUGAUCUCCCUGACGUCGAGUUGGAAGGUCCCGAGGGGAAGAUCAAAGGCCCCAAGUUCAAGAUGCCCGAGAUGCACAUCAAGGCCCCCAAGAUCUCCAUGCCCGACAUCGACCUGAACCUCAAAGGCCCCAAAGUGAAGGGAGAUGUUGAUGUCUCUGUCCCCAAGCUGGAGGGUGACCUGAAGGGACCUGAACUGGACAUCAAAGGCCCCAAAGUCAAUGUGGACCUCCCUGAUGUGGACAUUGAAGGUCCCGAUGGGAAGAUCAAAGGCCCCAAGUUCAAGAUGCCCGAGAUGAACAUCAAGGCCCCCAAGAUCUCCAUGCCCGACUUUGAUCUGAACCUGAAGGGCCCCAAGGUCAAGGGUGAUGUGGACGUGUCCCUCCCAAAGCUGGAAGGUGACCUGAAGGGUCCUGAACUGGACAUCAAAGGCCCCAAAGUGGACCUUGAGGCACCCGACGUCGACAUCCACGGCCCUGAGGGAAAAUUCAAGAUGCCCAAGUUCAAGAUGCCCAAAUUUGGGAUGAAGGGAGAAGGUCCCGAGGUGGACGUGAACCUCCCAAAAGGAGACCUGGAUGUGUCCGGCCCCAAGGUGGACAUUGAAGGUCCAGAGGUGGACAUUGAAGGUCCAGAGGGGAAGAUCAAAGGCCCCAAGUUCAAGAUGCCCGAGAUGCAUUUUAAGACCCCCAAGAUCUCCAUGCCAGACAUCGACCUGAACCUCAAGGGCCCCAAGGUGAAGGGGGACAUCGAUGUCUCUGUCCCCAAGCUGGAAGGUGACCUGAAGGGUCCUGAACUGGACAUCAAAGGCCCCAAAGUGGACGUUGAGAUGCCGAGUGUGGACAUUGAGGGUCCCGAAGGGAAGAUCAAAGGCCCCAAGUUCAAGAUGCCCGAGAUGCACAUCAAGGCCCCCAAGAUCUCCAUGCCCGAUGUCGACUUCAACCUCAAAGGCCCCAAAUUGAAGGGGGACAUCGAUGUUUCUGCUCCAAAGCUGGAGGGUGACCUGAAGGGUCCUGAACUGGACAUCAAAGGCCCCAAAGUGGACAUUGAUGUACCAGACGUUGAUAUCCACGGCCCUGAGGGAAAAUUCAAGAUGCCCAAGUUCAAGAUGCCCAAAUUUGGGUUGAAGGGAGAAGGUCCCGAGGUGGACGUGAACCUCCCAACAGGAAACCUGGAUGUGUCCGGCCCCAAGGUGGACAUUGAAGGUCCAGAGCUGGACAUUGAAGGUCCAGAGGGGAAGAUCAAAGGCCCCAAGUUCAAGAUGCCUGAGAUGAACAUCAAGGCCCCAAAGUUCUCCAUGCCCGACGUUGACUUCGGCCUGAAGGGCCCCAAGGUCAAGGGGGACAUCGAUGUCUCUGCUCCAAAGCUCGAGGGGGACCUCAAAGCCCCAGACAUCGACAUCAAAGGCCCCAAAGUCAAUGUGGACCUCCCUGAUGUCGAGUUGGAAGGUCCCGAAGGGAAGAUCAAAGGCCCCAAGUUCAAGAUGCCCGAGAUGCACAUCAAGGCCCCAAAGUUCUCCAUGCCCGACGUUGACUUUGGCCUGAAGGGCCCCAAGGUGAAGGGGGACAUCGAUGUCUCUGUCCCCAAGCUGGAAGGUGACCUGAAGGGUCCUGAACUGGACAUCAAAGGCCCCAAAGUCAAUGUGGACCUCCCUGAUGUGGAUUUGGAGUGUCCUGAAGGGAAGAUCAAAGGCCCCAAGUUCAAGAUGCCCGAGAUGCACAUCAAGGCCCCCAAAUUCUCCAUGCCCGACGUCGACUUCAACCUGAAGGGCCCCAAGGUCAAGGGUGAUGUGGACGUGUCCCUUCCAAAGCUGGAGGGUGACCUGAAGGGUCCUGAACUGGACAUCAAAGGCCCCAAAGUGGACAUUGAGGCACCCGAUGUCGACAUCCACGGCCCAGAAGGGAAAAUAAAGUUCCCCAAGUUCAAAAUGCCCAAAUUUGGGCUGAAGGGAGAAGGUCCCGAGGUGGACGUGAACCUCCUGACAGGAAACCUGGAUGUGUCCGGCCCCAAGGUGGACAUUGAUCCAGAGCUGGACAUAGAGGGUCCAGAGGGGAAGAUCAAAGGCCCCAAGUUCAAGAUGCCCGAGAUGCACAUCAAGGCCCCCAAGAUCUCCAUGCCCGACAUCGACCUGAACCUCAAAGGCCCCAAAUUGAAGGGGGACAUCGAUGUCUCUGCUCCAAAGCUCGAGGGGGACCUCAAAGCCCCAGACAUCGACAUCAAAGGCCCCAAAGUCAAUGUUGAUCUCCCUGACGUCGAGUUGGAAGGUCCCGAAGGGAAGAUCAAAGGCCCCAAGUUCAAGAUGCCCGAGAUGAACAUCAAGGCCCCCAAGAUCUCCAUGCCCGACUUUGAUCUGAACCUGAAAGGUCCCAAAUUGAAGGGGGACGUCGAUGUCUCUGUCCCCAAGCUGGAAGGUGACCUGAAGGGUCCUGAACUGGACAUCAAAGGCCCCAAAGUGGACAUUGAGGCACCCGAUGUUGACAUUAAUGGCCCAGAAGGGAAAAUAAAAUUCCCCAAGUUCAAGAUGCCCAAAUUUGGGAUGCCCGGGGUCAAGGCAGAAGGUCCCGAGGUGGACGUGAACCUCCCA